AUGGCUGCUCCGGAUAAAGCUGUAGAUAUCCCGUUCAUCUUCACGGAUGGCAAAGGCAAGGCCGAACCAGCCAAGCGGAAGCUCAUCAGGAAGUACGUUAUGCUCGGGAAGAACCGAGGCAAAACUCGGAGUGUCAAGCCCGUCAAUACGACGAUACCGUCUCCCUUUAAGGACAAGGGGGCUCAAGAUAAAGCUUCAGGUCUGUUGAUCAACAUGCGCUACUCCACGAUCCCCAAAAAGGUCGGUUCAGAUCUCUCCUUUACACAGUUUGCCGCUGUUGUGGAACAGCCCUUCCUGCACGACCUUUUGAAAUUUUCGUUCCUCGCAAAGAGAGUCAUGUACCCUCUGGAGAGAUAUAUCGUCUUCCACAGAAAGACCAAGGUUGAUACCUCAUGGUUCGAGCUCUUGACCUCCGAUGCUGCCUACGUGCACGCGGCAGUUUUCGCAUCCCAGGCCUAUAUCCUCCAUACAUCCGCUCAGGCAACUCCCAUAGCGGCUAGACGAGCAAUGGCACACUAUUCUUCAGCACUUCACUUGCUCCGCGAGAGAUUAUCAGUGUCAGCUGAAGAUAACAAAGUUUCGGACGCAACCGUGCUUGUGGUGUUAUAUUUUGCCCUGCACGCCCAUUUCAUGAUCGAUUACAAGACAGCAAUGCAGCACAUGGAGGGACUGCGCAAGAUUGUCGAUUUGAGAGGCGGUCUAAUAGCUUUCAACUACAACACUAAGCUGGUCAUCGAGUUACUGAAAUGUGACUUGGGGAUCGCACUUCAUAACAACACUUCUCCAACAUUCUUCAACGACCCAUCUAUGGAACCUCUGAUGCCGUAUGAUCUGGAAAUGCUGGCCGCCGAAGAGCCAAGUACUCGGCCAGUUGAGCUUGGUUGGAAGUCGGCUCAGCUGGACCUCGACGCAGACUUAGUCCAGGCCUGGACAUUUUUGAAGGCAUUCUGUUCAACAGUCAACUCUGCCGCUGAAACCAAUCGCCAGUUGCCCAAGGAAACCUUGCUGAAGGCAAUGGCUGCAGUAAUGUACCGCCUGAUCCAGAUGAGCAGCUUCGAUCCCACCUCGCUCGACGAAGCCGUCCGCCUUGGCCUCCUUGUCUUCUCGUCUCAUAUCUUCCUCAACUGGCAAGAUGUGAGACCGCGCCAUACGUCCCUUCCUCAUCUCUAUCGCACCUGUCUCCUCACGCUUAAGCUACCUAGCAUGUUGACCCCGCAGCUCCUUCUCUGGCUCCUCAUGGUUGGCUCUUUCUCGAUUUUCACUCCUGAGGAUGACGCCUGGUUGAUCCCCUGGGUGCGAGUCAACCUCCAGUUGUGCGAUGCGCAUAGCUGGUGUGUUCUACACAGGCAGCUGAGCGCUUUUCCCUGGAUUGGCUUUUUGCAUGAUGAAGCUGGGCGUGCAAUAUUUGACACCGCGGUAUCGUCGCAAUCCCGUGCUGGACCAACGACGUGAGCCUGGAAAACCUGUCACCAGCUCCAAUAUCGAUCCAGCGUAGACCAUAAGAAUCUACCCUGUGGCGAGAGAGAAGCAGACGCUGGACGAGAAAAGUACAGCCGUUGAAAAUCGGGUUUGUCUCAAUACUGUGUUCACAUUCAUCUCAGGUCCGACUUAGUCCUCUAUCUUCACCUCUUGGAGCGUUUGGGUUGACUCGAGCGUCUUCCUCAUGGACAACUCUGCCGCAUACCUACCUAAGGCGACC